AUGAAAGAUAAAAAAUAUAUACCAGAUGAUGUAAGUGCAAUACUAGAGGCACCUAUUCCGGAAGGUACCUUGCUUAAAGCAAAUACAACCAAUGAUAUUACUUCCUCUAGUGGGAAAGUACCAAUUACAACCUUUUAUAACGAUAAACAAUCUAUGGAUUACAUUAUACGAUCAGGUAUAGCUGGUGGUAUUGCAGGAAGUUGCGCAAAAACUUUAAUCGCCCCAUUGGAUAGGAUUAAAAUUUUGUUUCAAACGGGAAAUCCACAUUAUAAGCAAUUUGCAGGGUCAAUGAAAGGAUUAAUUAAGGCAAUUCGUCAUAUCUAUAAAAUAGAUGGUUUACUUGGUUUUUAUCAAGGGCAUUCUGCAACGUUGUUAAGAAUCUUCCCCUAUGCUGCAGUCAAAUUUAUCACUUACGAACAAUUCAGAAAUAUUUUUAUUCCAAGUGUGGAAUACGAGACACACCUUCGAAGACUGAUGAGUGGGUCUUGUGCUGGUCUAUGUUCUGUAUUUUUAACAUAUCCGCUCGACCUGAUUCGUGUUAGAAUGGCUUAUAUAACACACAGACAUGAAGCUAAAUUAACCACUGUUUUGAAAAAUCUGUAUAACCAAAAUAAUCGUGCAGGAUUUAAAAAUUUUUAUCGUGGUUUCAUGCCUACCAUGUAUGGUAUGGUCCCAUAUGCCGGUGUAGCUUUUUUUGCACACGAUUUGUUCCAUGAUCUUUUUAAAUCAAAAUAUUUAAAACAAUAUUCUAUAAAUCAUACCACCGGAGAUAGUCAUAAUAUUAAGCAUAAAGAAUACUUACGGACAUGGGCAGAACUAAUAAGUGGUGGGUUAGCUGGUGUGUUAUCUCAGACAGCCGCUUAUCCCUUUGAAAUUAUUAGAAGAAGGUUACAGGUUACUAAAAAUUUUAAUUUGAAUUCGUGGGGGAUGGCAAAAUUGGUUUUUAAAGAAAAAGGUUGGAAAGGCUUUUAUGUUGGGUUAAGUAUUGGUUACAUUAAAGUAACACCAAUGGUUGCAUGCAGUUUUUAUGUUUACGAAUCAAUGAAGUUAUAUUUGCAUAUUGAAUAA